GGCAACCCUCAGUGAGUUGUAGCUGAGCAGCGCGCACGCGGCACUGCGCACUUAUCAUUGUCAGCCGUGUCAAAGAAGUGAAAGAGGAAGGAACUGUUUGUGCGCUGAGCAAGGAGGAAGAAAGCGAGUUUUGCAAUACAAAGUUGUUUUUAUUUUAUUUUAGUGCUUGUUUUGCUUUUUUUGUUUGUUUCUGUUUUUUCCGGACUCGAAGACAUGGCGAGGCUGAGCGAGCACGGGAUCCGUCUGAGCUCUAUGAGCCCAUCGUACCUGGACAGUAACUCCACCAGUCACACGUGGCCUUUCAGUGCUGUCGCAGAGUUAAUAGAUAACGCAUCUGAUCCCGGGGUCACAGCCAAACAGAUCUGGAUUGAUGUGGUCACUGUAAAAGAGGAGCUGUGUCUUAGCUUUAUUGAUAACGGAAGUGGAAUGACACCAAAUAAACUGCACAAGAUGCUCAGUUUUGGUUUCACAGAAAAAGGAUCUGGCAAAGGUAGUCACCAGGCUAUAGGGAUCUACGGUAAUGGCUUCAAAUCCGGAUCGAUGCGACUGGGACGUGAUGCUCUGAUCUUUACUAAGAAUGGAGGAUGUCAGAGUGUUGGCAUGCUCUCUCAGACCUUCCUGCAUGCCAUCAAAGCUCAGGCUGUCAUUGUACCCAUAGCACCAUUUAACCAACAGACUAAGUCUUUGGUAAUAACGGAGGAUUCAGAAGCCAGUCUGAGAGCCAUCCUCACACACUCUCUCUUCAAGUCAGAGUCUGAACUACAGGAACAGCUCGACACUAUCCCAGGCAAAAAGGGUACCAAGAUCCUUAUCUGGAACAUCCGCAGGAAUAAAGACGGGAAGCCUGAGUUUGACUUUGAAGCCGAUACAGAGGACAUCCGCCUGCCAGAGAUCCGCUCAGAGGAAAUGGAGGGGAAAGCGAAGAGGCGUUACUCUGGACCUCACAGAACUGACCAUAUCAUCCCAGAGAUGGAUUACUCUCUUAGAGCAUAUCUCAGCAUUCUGUAUCUGAAACCCAGGAUUCAGAUCAUCCUCAGACAGAAAAAAGUUCAGACAAAACUAGUGGCAAAGAGUCUGUCUAUGAUUGAAAACGAUGUUUACAAACCACAGUUCAUCAAUGAACGAGUGAAGAUCACCUUUGGCUUUAACAAUAAAAACAAAGAUCAUUAUGGCAUCAUGAUGUAUCACAACAACAGGCUCAUCAAAUCAUAUGAGAAAGUCGGCUGUCAGAUCAAGUCGUCUGGCCUGAGGUCAGGAGUGGGUGUUAUUGGAGUAAUUGAGUGUAACUUUUUGAAACCUGCUCACAACAAGCAGGACUUUGAGUACACCAAAGAGUACAGACUCACUCUGGCUGCCCUCGGAAUUAAACUCAAUGACUACUGGCGAGAGAAAAAGGAAAAGAAAGCAAAAGAAAGAGCAUUUCAAGCUCUUGAAAGAAAAAGCAAAGAAGGAAAUACUGAGGAAAAUGAUGAGACUGAGGAGGAGGAGGAGGAAGAGGAGGAAGAGGAAGAGGAAAAGGAGCAAAAAGAAAAGGAAAUACCGGAUGUGUCGUGGAUUCAGUGUGAGGACUGUAUGAAGUGGAGGGGCAUUCCUACUCACCUGUUCAAAAACAAUGUCCCUGAGCAGUUCACUUGUAGCAAGCACCCUAUCAGCCGUCUAAGGAGCUGCUUAGUGCCUGAGGAACCCGAGGAGCCAGAGGACGAGCUGACACCUAGCUAUGAGAAAACACACAAAAAACAGGAAGGCUGGACCAAACGAAGAGGAAAAUCUGUGGAGCGUGAUAAAGACUCAACCCCUGCUGAGAGCAGAGAGGGACCUGAGCCCACUUCAGAAACACCGGAUGAAACUGUUAUUUUCAUGGAAGCUGAGACCGAGAACAAAGACGAAAAAUCCACCCCAUCCUUGCAAUCCCAUCGCAACAAAAGAAAACCAACAUGGACGAACAAUGAAACCAGCAGCAAAUCACCAAAAUGCACUGACUCUGAAAAAGAGAUAUCAACUACUACAACAGAAUUGGAUGAACCGGCAAUAGAGAAAUCUCUUGAAGUGUUGGAGACAAACAGCAACAAGGCCACGAACAAUGCUCAGGAAGAGGAUAAAAAAACGGCAGUGUGCCCUGACAGAGAGAGCGCUGCUAACCCGAGUCCUUCGGAACAGCAAGAGGCACAAGGCUUACAGACUAAAGACAAGCCAAAACCUGCCUCUGGGCCCCCAAGCUGGCCUCAUCCAAUCACACCUCAUCCCUCCAUGGCAUGGUCUCACCCUUUACCCCCAGCUCAGACAGUGGUGGUUACUCCUCUUAGCCGUACCAGCAGGCAGUCGCGCCCUCUGCUCCGGCUCGAGAGUCCUGACCGGUCUGUGCUCACUAGCAGACUGGACCAACUGGAGCGCGAAGCCAAACGCCUCAGGAGGAUCCUUGGCCUACGAGAAGCGGUUGUUCAGAUGAGUCAGUUAUCAGACGGGGAGGUAUCAGGGUCUGUACAUGAUGGAAACACAGACUCAGGGGUUUCAACAGCUUCUAUGACAUCUAAGAAAUCUGGUCCUCAGACAGAUCAGCAAAGUCUUUUAAAGAAAUGUGUCAGUCCUGGAAGCCAGCAGGAAGCACCAGUUACCCCAGCAGAUGACCUGCACUGGAGUAAGACACUGGCAAAACUGCAAAGCCAAAACCAAGCGCUAUGUACAGAGCUGACUAAAGUGAAGAAGGAAAAUGAUGAACUCCAGAGCAAAGUGAAACAAGCAGAGAAGGAGACACGAGAAAGGAAAGAACAAAGCACCAAUACAACAGCCAAUACAUCCAGUAUUCAGGACAGUUCUGUACUGGAUCGAUUACGCUCGAUCCGUAGGAACGUUGUGUCCCUCCUUUCUUCCAUUUUGCCUAAUUUGGAUAUGCAGGGUAUCAGCUAUGACACUGGUGAUGUGGACAGCAUCCUGCAGCAGAUCAUCCAGGCCAAUAACCUCUGAGAAAUGCAAAUGCAUAGUGCAACAAGAACUAAAUUCAGUGCAGCGCUUAUAGCUGAGCUCCACACAAAGCGAGCUUAUAGGCAAAAAAAAAAAAAAAAACUCUGAUCUUGUUGCAGUUCUAUAACAAGGGUUAACAAUUGUUUCUUUACAUUUUAUGGCAUUUAGCAGACGCCCUUAUCCAGAGCGACUUACAACUGAGCAGGGGAGGGUUGAGGGCCUUGCUCAAAGGCCCAGCAUUGGCAGCCUGGUGGUGGUGGGAUUUGAACUUGUGACCUUCCGAUGAAACAUCACUUAAUUUUUGAGAGAGUGGGAAGCAAUUCAAAAAGCAUAAGCAAUGCGCUCCUGUGUUAUUAUGUUUGAUCCUGCAAAAGAAUUUGGGCCCAGUAUAGUUUUUCAGUUUACAUUCAGAAAUCUGGUCCUCAGACCGAUCGGCAAAGUCUUUUAAAGAAACGUGUUCCUGUUACAAAGUCAUGUGUAUACUACCUAGUUCUUUAAUGUCAGCAUUAAUUCUUAAACAUACUGCACUGAUAUACUGUAUGUAAUAAUAAUAAUAAUAAUGUGUCAUGGUUAACAUUUUAAAUGUUUGUUUCAGUGUUUUAUGUUAACAAGUGUGAGAUUUAAACGUGAUCCAGAGGUUUGCCAAAUGUUACAGGGCCUACAUUUUACUGUAAAUUGUUGAUAUCGAUUACAUUUUGAAUGAUGUUCCAGAUUUGUUUAGACCUAUAAGCUGACUGUGUGUGUGUACCUCCAGCUAUCCGUGUUACUAGUUUUACUCCCACCAAUAGCUUACAGUACAGUUUGUACUUUGCUGCUUUUAGGUUUGGGGAAACUUUUUUUUAUUCUCAGUGGAUGCUGUUUUGGCCGGAUCGUUCUUUUUGCCUAUCGUUAAUAUAUUUUUUGUUUUGCAAUAAAGUCUUGAGUAUUUGUA